GAUUAUAUGAUAUUUGCCAAUUGAAAAUACAUUUCCUCAUGAGGUAAUUUUUAUAAGGAAUAUAUUCUUGUGAGGAGUGUGAUAUUGACUAUUCUUGGCCAGCCAUUCAGGGACUGUGAGUUUUUGUUUGUUUUUAUGGGCAAGGGUUGCCUAAUUAAAAAUGGCCAAACCACAGAUCAUAGCUGCUGGAAUUGUGGCAUUGCUGAUUAUCUUGAUGACCAUCAUCCUGCUGGCUACUUCCCUUAAGAAACUGUCUUCUGACCAAAUUGGGUUGACAUAUGACACAAUCAACAAAAACCUUGGAGAUGAAGUGAAGAGAGAGGGUUUACACAAUGGUCCUCCCGGGUUUGAGUUCAUCAUAUUUCCCAGUGUGUACAAGACUAUUUCCUUCUCAGAUCUUAAGUGUUUGAACAAGGAUGGUGUGAUUAUCACGUUAGAUGUGACCUACCAGUUUAAGGCCCAGCCCACAAAACUUCAUGACUUGAUCAUUAACUUCAAGGACUAUGAUGGUUACAAGAAAGUCCUAGAGUACACAGGUGAGUCAGCUCUACAUGAAUCCUGCAGCUAUUUCAAUACCUCGCAGUUCCAGGCUGAGCGCGGGAAAUUCCAGGAACGUGUGAAGGAGAAGAUCAUUGAGAAAUACACGAAACUCUAUGCUGACAUCACUGACCUCCAGGUGAGCAACAUUGAACGACCCAGUGAAUAUGAAGAUGCUAUUCGAAGCAAGGAACGAGCCAGGGAAGAUAUUGAGGUUGCAAGGAACGAGAGGCCGCGGUUGGUGACAGAGGCAAUGACAGAGUUUCUGGAGGCCAACACCACAUCUCAGAUAAUCAGAGACAAGGCCGAGUCCGAUAAGAGAAUCUUGCAGGCUAGGGCGGAACAAGAGGCCAAGGCCAUCAUUGAACAGUACCAGAAGGAAUCCGAGGCCUACGCCCAGAUUCUAGAUCCCAACGGUCUGGGCUUCACAGUGGAUGGUUUCAUCGCUUACAUGGGUGUCCGCGUCAUCUCCUCCGCCCAGAACCCGGUCUAUAUCGGACUUCAGAGCCCCGCCAAGUCAUCGUACAUGACACCCUAAUGAAAUAUUGAUAAGGAUGAAGGGGUAACUGUACCAUGGUGGACUGUAUUUCUGGGAAACUGGGGCUAAAAUUUUAAAAGUUCACUUUCUUUUUAAAUCAAGUUUUAGAAAACAAAGAAUUUAGUAAAAUAAAAAAAAUCGGUAGGUAUAACAUUGUCAAGGUAAUAUAUACAUAUUUGAAUAAACAUGAACUUCAUAUUUAGUGGGAGGGAGGUUCGGGGAGAUUCAAUUUUUUUAAAUUUUUGAAAAAUUUGUUGAAAUGUUGAAAAUUUUGGGAAGUUGUUUUAUGAAUUAGGCUUAUUAUUUAUUGAUUUAAAAUUGAUAUUAAAUUUGUAUGCGCCUUAUCCUUUGAAAUAAUCCUUUGUUUCUUAAUAUUCAACGCCUUAAAAACUGUGGUUUGAAAGUUUAAAUAAUUAUUUCAUAAUAUCUCAUAUAAAAAUGAAAAGUUAAUAGGAAAUCGAAAUGUCACCUAAAGUUGUUGAAGUUAUUUUGUCAACUCUUAAUGUGAUAGUUAAAUGAAAUUAAAGGAUUAAUGAAUUCCUAAUUAAUGGCAUUUCCAUGUGUUUUUGUAUGUUCCCUUUUUUCACAGUUCUGCUAAACAUAUUUUUAAUAGCGUUUAUUACAUUAUAUUAUAUAAUCAACAUGUAGUGAUAUUUUAAUUAUUACUUUAUUGAUAAUCAUGAGGAAUUAGACACCAGUAUGGGCAUUAACAUUAUGUGAUUUACCCAGUAUGUGACCCUCAUAUUGCCAAGCUGUUAUGAGGCCUUAAACUCUUCCUUUCAUACUCAAAGACGCUAUUCACAGCUUGUUAAACGGAACCAUGUUUGACAGUUUCAAAAGUUUUUACUUAGUUUUAGUUUGGAACUCAAAAUAAUUUGGGUUUUUACUAGCAAACAAAUUUAUUCUAUAGAUCAUAAGUAGAUCAUAAUUAUUAUAGCUCAACUUAACAUUGCAAUAAUAAAAUUUAUUGCAAUAUUCAAACUGUUUUAAACAAAACUAUUUUAUUUUUGUGGGGCUUCUGUUUAAUUCAUCAAUCGUAUUGUAUUGUUACCGGUACUUUCAUUUCCAAAAAAAUCAUUUUGAGUGCUUAACAUAUUAAAUACCAAAUUAAAAAGUUAUAUUUGUACUGCAUGGUGUAAACUGAUAUUUUAUACUGGAAAACUCGAACAUAACUAGUCCCAAAUAAUGUCUAUUUCUGGACUGUUUACAUAUUCAUAUUUUUGCUUUUUAUUUAUAAAAAGAAAGAAAUCAAGUUUAAAUUGUAUUAAUUUGUUUUCAUAUGAAUGCAGUUUAUUGAAUAGGUGUUUUUUUGCUUAACUGAUUACAUCGAUGUGUGUAUACUAUUUUUCUAUAGAACAUACAUUUGUAUAUGGUAGAAAGGUAUGUUUUUGCAUACUUUUUAUCAGAAUGAAAUGUUGUUUAAGUGUUUUUUAACUUACAAUGUAUGAAACAAUUAAAGUGCACAUGUAGAUAUAUUAGUUGUUAAAUAGUUUGUACAACAAUAUUAAAGGGACUUGUUCAGGUUAAAAAGGGUCUGUCAUCCAAAAUAAAAAUAAUCACAGAAAUGUGAAUAAAAUGAUAAAACAUCAUUGAAAGUUCAAAUUAUGGCUGUAUUGUUCAUAAUUUAUUAAAAAUCUGACAGAAAACACUCUAUUUUGCGGAAAAGCGUGACAUUUUUGAAAUUUGAAUGAUUUAAGGCUUUUCAAAUGAUUAUUUGCCCACUGCUGUUUGGUGUUUGUUAAAAAAAGGGAGUAAAAUAAUUCAAUUUGAAGUUUUAAAGAAAGGGUUGACAAUAUAAAAUAUGAAUGUGUCCCUUUGAAAUUAGGCAUUAAUUAAUGAUCAUUUCCUGGUCCUCCUCAAAUAAGUCAUAUCAUUUUUAGAAGGUGUCAACGAAAUGGAGUAAAAUAAUAACUGAUAUAUCAUCUUUUAUAAGAACAUUGUGUUUUUUUAUGCCUUAUUUAUUGUUGUACUUUGGUGUUGUAAUAUAAUAUUUCUAUUGUUUUGCACUUAUUUUAAGGAUGUUUCCCUUUCAAAUCUAAGAGCUAUAAACAAGGCAGCCAUUUUAUCAAUUCAUGUAUCGGAUUAUUGCUUUUUCGAAAUCAAAGUUCCUUGGAAAGUUUAAUAUCUAUCUAAGAUCCUAUUUCUUUAUUUGUAAGUUGAGCCAAGUAAGAUUGAAUUUGCAGAUCAAAAUUUUAAAUUAAUUUGAGAAAUCUAUUCAAAUAGGACUGCACUUAUAUCAAUAAACUUGUUUCAUAUCUGUGUACUCCAUUGUAUAUUGCUUGUUCCCUUUAUAUCUUGGUCAAGAUAGAAGGGGGUUGGGGAUAUCUUUAUUUAUGAUUUAUUUUAGGUAAGGCUGUAUCUUAUAUCAUCGUUUCUCUUCAAAAUAGCACCAUUUGGUCUGGAUUAAAGUUAAAUACAGUGCUCUGUAUAAAACAAUACAUGCAGGUGUCUUUCUGAAUCAAGAAAAAAAUAUCUAAAUGGAGAAAAAAAUGUCAGAUGGCAUUUAUGAAAUUUAGAGUCGGGUUUUCAACAAAAAACGGGGUAUUAGAAUAAUAUGUGUUCUUUGGCAGGCGGUCGUUUUGCCUUAUAAAACAAUGUAUGAAACCUGGAAGUUUUUGUGUCAUUAUUUGUUUUCUGUCUCUGUUACAAAUUCAGAUUGCUUUUUGAACAUGCGAGAAGUUUUACAUGUAUGUUUAGGGAUAUUUUAUAUAUUUGAAGCUUACACAAUGAAACACAAGGCCAUUUGAUACCAUUGUUAUUUGUCUAUACUAUUAGACCACCUUUUAUUUUUAUCAACAAGUGUAACACAAGUUUUUCCAUGACAAAAGAAGUAAGAACCAUGUUAAAAUAGCAUUUGAAAAUUUUGUGAUUACACUGUACAAAGAUUUUUGCUCAGCCAUAACUAACGGGUAAAUGCUUGAUUUAGCGUGUAUUUUUAAUACAUGUUUGUAGGACCUUUAUCUUGAUGAACUUAGUAUUAAAAGGAAUUUGAUUUAAAAUUUUAAGUGGAAUAAGUAAAACAAUAUUUUAAUGAUCAAAGAUAUGAUCAAAAUUAAUGAUAAAAUGAAUAAGAUAACAUAAUUAGAACAAAAGAACCUUUUUCUUGAAAUUGAUGUGAUUGGAAUAAUUUCAAUACUGAAAAAACAACCAUGACUAUGUUAUGCAGGGUAAAAGUAAUGCCAAUGACAUAUACUGGUUUUUCUGUGAUACAAAAAUAAGUCCUUCUGCAUGCAUAUACUAUAAGAUAUCUGUUAUCAAGAUGGCCAAUAUUUUUUCAAGGCAGCCCAAACUGUUUUCAAGGCAGCCCGAUUUGUUUUCAAGGCAGCCCAAACUGUUUUCAAGGCAGCCCGAUUUGUUUUCAAGGCAGCCCAAACUGUUUUCAAGGCAGCCCGAUUUGUUUUCAAGGCAGCCCAAACUGUUUUCAAGGCAGCCCGAUUUGUUUUCAAGGCAGCCCAAACUGUUUUCAAGGCAGCCCGAUUUGUUUUCAAGGCAGCCCGAUUUGUUUUCAAGGGUCUUAACUGUUUUCAAAGUGAUUGGUUUUGUUAAAAACAUUGACAAAUCAAAACAUUGGCAAAAAAAUAGCAAAUAACGCUGACUGGUAGAACUUAUUUUUGGAACAUUCUAAAGCCCCUUAUAACAGGAUCAGGCUAUGCACACUUUUUUAUUUUGGUAUAUUAUGUGUAAUAUUCUCAUUUUGAAGAGUUCUGAGAUUUAUGAUAAUCACGAUGAAUUUCAUUUUGUUCUUGUUAAAUCAAGUCAAAUAAAGUUUGUGAUACAUUUUUUAAAAAGAAAAUUCAAAAACCAUUUGUUCAACCUUUAAGAAGUCAUCUGUAUCAUAUUUGAAUACAUUACUUAUUCUUUUGAAAAAGAAUGCUUUAUAUUGAGAAAUGAUAAUAGCUCACCAUCAUAUUAUUCAAAUACUGCUUCUGAUUUAUAUUAAAAACACUGCAUUUAUUGCCUCUGAAAGAAUCCAAUGCAAGUUUGAAUGUUUCUUGUUGAUAUCAUCUUUCUUUGACUGUAUGCACUAUGUUUAUACAUUAUGUUACACUAUAUACAUUAUGGUACUCAAUAUACAUCAUAGUUCACUAUUUGAUUUGUAUUUAUUAUGAAUAUUUUUCCCGUAGUUUUUACCUCCAUUAUAUAAUAAAAUGAUAAACAAUU